CAAUCAAUCGGCAUGAGUUUCUGACAGAAGCGACACAAGUACUCUUUUUAGAGGCAUAACAGCGGGUUUCUCUCAUGACAGAACAGCGCCGUUUCAAGCCACUACAUGGAGAAACAGAGAAAAUGGCGAGAUAACCGUGUUGGAUGGGCGAGGAGUGAGUGUGUGUGUGCGUGAUCUGUGAGUUCAUCUGACACAAUGAUUCAACAGAAGCGCAACAUUCAGAUCAUUGAAUGGGAAGAUCUGGACAAGAGGAAGUUCUACUCGCUGGGCAUUUUCAUGACCAUGACGACACGGGCGACUGUCUAUCCAUUCACCCUGAUCCGCACCAGACUGCAGGUCCAGAAAGGGAAGUCACUCUAUAACGGCACCUUCGAUGCCUUCUGUAAGAUCCUGAAGGCAGAGGGCGUGCAUGGACUCUACCGAGGGUUCAUGGUCAACACAUUCACCCUAAUCUCAGGUCAGGCCUACAUCACCACAUAUGAAUUGGUGAGGAAAUACAUGUCCUGUUACUCCUCCAAUAACACUGUGAAGUCUCUGGUGGCGGGCGGAUCGGCAUCACUCGUGGCCCAGAGCAUCACGGUGCCCAUUGAUGUGGUGUCCCAGCAGCUGAUGGUGCAGGGUCAGGGGUGUCAACUCACCCGCUUUAAACUCAAGUCCAAGAUGGCUAUGGCCACAUCAAAAAACAAAAUAACAUUUGGUCAGACUAGAGACAUUGCGGUUCAGAUUUUCCACGCGGAUGGAUUUCGGGGGUUUUAUCGUGGUUAUGUGGCAUCGCUGCUCACCUACAUACCCAACAGUGCAGUCUGGUGGCCCUUUUAUCAUUUUUAUGCAGAGCAGCUCUCCAGGCUGGCCCCUGCUGACUGCCCGCACCUGAUCCUGCAGGCCGUGGCUGGACCAAUGGCUGCAGCUACAGCCUCGACAUUGACCAACCCCAUGGAUGUGGUCAGAGCCAGAGUACAGGUUGAAGGCCGUUCGUCAGUUAUCGAGACGUUUAAGCAGCUCCUGGCUGAAGAGGGCACGUGGGGUCUCACCAAGGGUCUGUCUGCUCGCAUCAUUUCCUCUACGCCCACCUCCGUCUUGAUCGUCAUCGGUUACGAGACACUGAAGAGACUCAGUCUGCGGCCUGAACUGGUAGACACCAGACACUGGUGAAAUAACGUACAGACUCACCCAAACCUUGUGUUGGAUCUCUAUACCUCAGCCCUGUUCUCUGGGCCCCUCUCGCCCCGUGCUUCUGACCUUCUAAACAGAUGCCUUUUAGUUUUAUGAGGACCAGGCAGUAAUUGACUGAUACUAAUGUGAUAAAAUGUGACAUUUUAUUUCUUUUCUCUUUCUUGUGAAUCUCAUAGUGUUUUACUCCCUGUCUGACACUUUGAUCGCCAUGUGGUUAAAGGAAUGAAAACAUUUUAAAAAAUACUUUUUUCUAGUUAUGAAAAAAUGGUUAGAAAUGACUGAGUGCAAUUUUCUAGGUCGUAAAAUAAAAAUCCUCAUCUAGUAUUCACAGAAGACUAGAGAGGUCUUGGAAAUUCAUUGGUCAAAAGCAGUGGGAACUCUGGAUUUGAGCUACACCGACUGUGGGUGGUCAUGUUUUUGGUCAUUGUCUUGUAUUAACCUUAAAAAAAAAAACAGUGUUUGGGGGCCAAAACAAUGUUUGUCUCAAAUGUGCAAGAAAUAACUUUUAAAGUGUUUAAUUUGAAUCUUGGUGUCACAAUCAUGAGUGCAUUGAAUUAACUGCACAAGAAUGAAACCGUUCACACAGACUGUUCUUUUAUCUGCUCCAAGCAGUUGAACAGGGUCCAAAAUGUACUUUUUGCCACAUCUGUGAGUUGAGAAAUUUUACCCUGCAUAUUUAUUUCCUACUGGCUGUAUUUUGAAUCAUUUUCAUUAAAAAGUAUAUUUGUGCAUAUGGCAACAGAA